CCCAACAACACACACACACACACACACACACACACAGUUUUGCUUUCUUCACUGAAAAUGGGGUCUGCUGCUGCUCACCUAACAUCACCUAACAUGUGCAUGCAUAGGAUACUUCAUCUGUGAUUCUAUAAAUCUAGCAGCAUCCCUUUCCCCUUCAAAUCAAGCAACUCCAUACUGAAAUAUCAGCAAUAUCUAAGAUGGAAGACACAAUAGUGCUAUACCCGUCUCCAGGCUUAAGCCAUAUUGUCUCCAUGGUAGAGCUAGCAAAGCUUAUCCUCCACCAUGCCAAUCACUAUUUCUCCAUAACUAUCCUCCUUAUCACUAGUAACCUCUGGAACAGCCCAACAAUAGCUUCUUACAUCGACAACAUCUCUCAAUCUCACCCUUCCAUUUCCUUCCGGCGCUUCCCUCCUGUCUCCGUCGACCCAACUCCCCCUCGAAGCUACGCCGUUAUGGUCUUUGAGACUAUACUCCUAAACAAACCCUACGUUCUUAACUUUCUUCAAGAAAUCAAAAAAGAAAGAAAUGUUUGUUCUUUUAUUAUUGACAUAUUUUGCACUUCUGCUCUUUCUUUAGGUAAACAACUCAAAGUCCCUACUUACUACUAUUUCACUUCUGGUGCUGCUUGUCUUGGCGCUUUCUUGUAUUUUCCAAGAGUCCAUAAUCUAUAUAAAGAAAAGAAAAGCUUCAAAGACCUAAAGGAAACUGUUCUUGAUUUUCCUCAUAUGCCACCUUUAAAAGCUAUUCAUAUUCCUGAACCUAUGCUUGAUAGAGAUGACCCUGCAUAUAAUGAUAUGUUAUAUUAUUGUUCUCAUCUUUCAAAAUCUGAUGGCAUUAUGAUUAAUACUUUUCCUGAUUUGGAGCCAAAUGCCAUCAAGAAAAUUGAAGAUGGGCUUUGUGUUGAAGGCGCGAAAACCCCACCUCUUUAUUGUGUUGGACCUGUGAUUUCCAGAAAUACUGGAAAGAAAGAACCAAAAGAUUCUUGUUUAUCUUGGCUUGAUAUGCAACCAAGAAAGAGUGUAGUGUUUCUGUGUUUUGGAAGCCGUGGGAGUUUUUCUGUCGAGCAAGUUAAAGAGAUUGCAAACGGGUUGGAGAAAAGUGGUGAAAGAUUUUUAUGGGUAGUGAAAAAUCCGCCAUUAGAGGACAGAAAGCAGACUGAGGAUAUUGUAGACUUUGAUUUGGAAGCUAUAUUGCCUAAAGGAUUCUUGAAUAGAGUUAAAGAUAGAGGUUUGGUGGUAAAAUUUUGGGCACAGCAAAUGGAAGUACUGAGUCACGACUCAGUUGGUGGAUUUGUUACUCAUUGUGGAUGGAACUCGGUGAUUGAAGCGGUGGUUACUGGUGUGCCAAUGCUGGCUUGGCCACUUUAUGCAGAGCAACAUCUGAAUAGGAAUGCACUAGUGGAGGAUAUGAAAAUGGCUAUUGGAGUGGAGCAAAGAGAUGAAGAUGGGUUUGUUACUGGGGAUGAGCUAGCCAAACGAGUUAGUGAGUUGAUGAACUCGGACAAUGGAAGAGAAUUAAGAGAAAGGAGUACAGAAAUGAAAGAGAAGAGUGUGAGUGUUUGGGCAGAGUCUGGUUCUUCCACUAGAGCUCUUACUAGGUUAGUUGACUUUUGGAGGCCAGGUUGAGGAUUUCUGGGAAUAUUGUUGAAUUAGUAAUUUAAUUAUGGGUGAAACUAUAAUGUUGAUUAGUAAGUAAAUUAUGCUUUUAAUUAUAAUAUCCGUUGAUUAUAAUAAAAUAAUUUAUGUUUGAUUUUUAUUCCAA